AACAGCUGUACGCGCAUGCGCGGUGGAGGCUUCCGCGACCUCCGCCUCAAGCUCCCCUCUUUGGGUGGUUUGCUGGCGCUUUAAACUAUACAAAUUUAAAUCCCUUAAAACAACAUUGCUUUUUAAAUACAUAAACUGUUAUUUACAAAUCAGUUCCUCGUCGAAAUAGCGCACGCACCUCGCGAUCCGUAGUAAAAACAUCGUCAAGAUUUUAUUUGCACUUUUCUGAGGCGCUUCGCUGGCGGGAGAAGAGGCCGACUCCGUCGGAUGGAACGGCGCCUCCGCGGAGCCUCGAGCAAUUAAGGCGAGACGGCCCUUGCUGAUCGCGAAGACCCUGUAAACUCGAGCGAACAUGUGUGACGAGGAGCUCAUCUUCCACUUUGACGAGAAGGAGGGCUCACUGAGGAAGCCGCGCGAUCGCCCGCCGCAGAAACCCGCCGGGGAGAGCGACGACGAAGAUGGGGACGAGUACUUCCGGAUUUGCCCGAUCACGGAGAUCCAGGUCGUGGACAAGAGCUCCCCGCAGCACGUGAAGUCGGCGGCCCAGGUCUCCGCUGGCCCGGCCGCCAACUCCCCCCGGCCCAAGGUCUCCCCCCGCGUGCGGGAUGGCAUGAGAAAAUCUGGUUUGCAGCAGGGCCGGGAGGCAUGGCGGCACGCUGUGGAGAAGGCCAAGCACAUGCCGGAUCCCUGGGCCGAGUUCCACCUGGAGGAGAUUGAGACAGAGGUGGCAACGCGAUUCAGGUACAACGCGCUGACGUCCAAGUGGGUGGAGGAUGAAGUUUUCAUGAAAAUGGCGAAGCAGCCGUUUGGUCGCGGCGCGAUGAGGGAGUGCUUUCGGACCAAGAAGCUGUCCAACUUCGCGCGUCACCAGCAGUGGAAGUCGGCGUCGAACUACGUGGUCAAGCGCUACAUGGAGCCAGUGACGCGCGACGUCUACUUCGAGGACGUGCGGCUGCAGAUGGACGCCAAGCUGUGGGGCGAGGAGUACAACCGCCACAACCCGCCCAAGAAGGUGGACAUCAUGCAGGUGUGCAUCCUGGAGCUGAAGAACCGAGCGGAAAAGCCGCUGUUCCACCUGGAGCACUACAUCGAGGGCAAGUACCUCAAGUACAACUCCAACUCGGGCUUCGUGCGCGACGAGAACAUGCGCUGCACGCCGCAGGCCUUCAGCCACUUCUCGUUCGAGCGUUCGGGUCAUCAGCUGAUCGUGGUGGAUGUGCAGGGCGUGGGCGACCUUUACACCGACCCCCAGAUCCACACCUACCAGGGCACCGAUUACGGCGACGGCAACCUGGGCGUGCGUGGGAUGGCCCUCUUCUUCCACUCGCACGUGUGCAACCGCAUCUGCAAGAGCAUGGGGCUCACCCCCUUCGACCUCUCGUCCCACGAGCGCAGCGCGCUGGAGCAGUCGAUCAAACUGCUGCAAUCGUCGAAGACGGUGCUGCGUGGCUGCGAGGAGGUGUGCGGGAGCCCCCGCAUGCGCUCGCUGUCGGACGGGCGACCCCCGCGCCUGCCCCGCCUCUCCGAGUCGUCCAUGACGCCCGAGGAGUCGCCGCGCUCCUCACUGUCCUCGCUGCACGGCAUGCACAUGUCGUUCAGCCCCCCCGAGCACCUGCUGGGCCGCUCGCCCAUGGGGUGGACCUCGGUGUUUGACGAAAUCGACAACAGCCCCGAUCAAGAUGGAGACCGCGAGAGAAAGGUGUCCGAGAACAACGGCGACAGCGGCUGCCCCAGCGAGAGGAAGAGCGAGUCGGAAGGAGACAUGCACGACCAGAAACCGGUGAACAGGAUGAAGAGACAGAGCGAGUCGGAUGAGGAUUCUGUUCGGCGGGACUUCCGCUGCAGCAUCAAGUGGGACAACUUCCACGCGUCGCGCGCCCACUGCCACCGCCCGUCCAGCGUCUCCAUGGAGGUGAACCGCCUGCAGAACCUGGAGAUGCAGGGCAAGAUCGGCAAGUCCGUCCUCGGCAAGGUGCACCUGGAGAUGGCCAAGUGCCACGAGGCGGGGCGCUUUGGCGAGAAGGAGGCGCCGUGGGACCGUGAGGCGGCGCUCUUCCACCUACGCCACGCGGGGCUGUGCGGCGAGAUGGAGGCCAUCCUGGCGCUCGCUCGCAUCCACCUGCAGCUGCCGCACGACGUGCUCGGCGAGUUCACCAUGGAGGAGUCUGAGGAGAACACCACGCUCGGCUUCGCCUUCAUGCUGGAGGCGGCCGAGGCGGGCGACCGCCACUCCAUGCUGUUCGUGGCGCGCGCCUACGACACCGGCACCAACCUGGGCCGCGGCAGGAAGCAGGACUGGCACGAGGCGCUGCGCUGGUACGAGGCGGCGCUCAACAUGACGGAGUACGACGAGGGCGGCGAGUACGACGGCACGAGCGACGACCCCAGCUACAUUCUGCUGGCGCGCCAGGCCGAGAUCUACAUGGCGGGCGGGCACGGCGUCGCCUGCGACCCCCAGAAGUCGGGGGAUCUGUUCACCAGCGCGGCCGAGGCGGCCAUGGAGGCGAUGAAGGGGCGGCUCGCGAACCGCUACUACGAGCUGGCGGAGGAGGCGUGGUCCGGCGUCGAGGAGUGAGGAGUCGGAGGACGGAUUUCAUCCAGGGUUGACGCUGGUGCUGGCAGGCCAGCGCGACUGCUGCAGCCGGGUGGUCUGUGUGCAUGUUGGGUGGUGGUGCGGUGAGCGUGUGUGUGCAUGGUGAGUGGGCGGUGUGUGUGGUGAGCGGACGGUGUGUGGUGAACGGGCGUUGUAUGUCGGUGAUUCGUGCGUGUGUUGUGAGCGGGUACUGUGUGUAUUCAGCGGGUGGUUUGCGUGUGUGUGUUGAGUGGUGAGCAGGUGAUGUGUGUGUGAUGAGUAGGCUGUGUGGGAGCGGAUCCACGUGACUUCUCCCCCUUGACUUCACCUCUCCCCGGGACGGUUCCAUGGCUGCGGGAAGAUGGGCAGGCGUCGUUAAUUAUUUGUGAAUUCCUGCUCUUGACCUUCAACGGAAGGGAUUUAACUUUGUCUGAUGUCGACAUUUUGCCUCUUUUUGAUUUCGUAGCACUUACCAGAAAAUGUAAAUGAGGGUUUACUGGUACUAAUUGGCGAACGCAUUUCAACCUUUCAUUUGUUCAACCGCAGCAUCAGCUCCGAUGUUACGUUGCCGUUGACCUUGCGGCAUUUGCUUUUGCUGUCGCGCCGUGAUUCAUCGGCAUUCGGCGGGAUGACUGGUUGUAUUUCUUGGCGCUUAAAUGGGGGUUCGACGCUGAACCGUAAACAUUGCACAGUAAAUUUGAAAGCACUCGUGAGUACGGUACGGUCAUAAUGUCGAUAUCACACGACGCGAAAGCCCCCCCCCCCGCGCGUUUAUAAGACGCGAGAAUGAGCCGCCAUCCGACGCUAUCGAACGUCUCAAGACCCCGUCAACGGCUUAGUUUACAAAAGCAAACGAGGACUUGGGAGGUUGAGAGAAGAGAAGAAAAAAAAAUAGCACAUUUAGAAACCCGCCAGCUUCUCAAACGUAGCCCUCCCCAGGCGUAUAGGCCGCUAACGUUGACAAGGUGACCUCGCCUUGUUCCACACCAGCGUCCGCCGGAUGUGUGGAUUCCGGUGGACUUUUUUUUUUAUCGAGAGAAGAUUAUCCGGUAAAAGAUAUACAGUGUGUACCAAAUACUAAACGCAUUGAUGAGCUGCGAUGAAAGCAGAUUGGGAGAAUUCCGUUUUCGGUUUCUCGUCGCGUCUGCUGUCAUUAACGAAAUCGCCGAAUACCUGGAGAAUUUGAUCGGAUAGUGAUUUUUAUGUGUUGCUGUUUAUCGCGGAAGUUGUUACGUUACGUUAUUGUACCGUACUUCCCGACGGCGAGAGGCCCACAGCAAUCGUUUUGCUGAUUGUUUUUUAUUGGAGAAAAUGGUUUACUUAUCGGUCGCGACUCCUCGUAGCCGACGGCCCUCGAGAAAGUGAACCCCGGCGUCAAUAACCCGAACUCGGCACGGCGGCACCCGCGGGCCGUCGUGAAAUAUGCAAGACUUGCCGACAAUCCGAGGCGCCGAAACGUCCCCCACGCAGCGGCGAAAUGGCGCCACCCUUUGCGAGGCGUCGCUCUCGCGCCUGGGAGGAGGCGAGAGACCUCCCGCUCUCAAUCGGCGUUCGCCGUCGGCCUCCCACCGAAUCCCCUUCUCUGUCCUGCGUCUUGGAGCACCGCACGCCUCUCACCGCCGUCGCUGGCUGAGAGCGUUGGCUCGGUGGUUUCGUGACGAAAAAUGUUGGCGUUUUUAUUUUUUUAUGGCCUGGGAUUUUGGGUCGAAGUCGAGGUGAUACGGAGCCGAGCAAGGCCCCACAAACGUUAACCAGUCAAUUGGCUCGAAUGAGGUCCGUCUAAUUCGAAUUUUAAUGUCGUACGGUAUAAUGACAGCUUGCUUAACUCUGGUGGCGGUUUGUGGAGUAGGAAGGGGGUAAAGCCCAGCGUGUGAUUUUUGGCUGCUCUUUGUUGCCGAUGUUGGGUUAGGCCUCAUGGAGGAAUGGAAUAUAUUAGAAGUUAAACGGCGCCCUCCCUAGAGGGACUGAACGCGCUGAAACGCAAUGGUGCAAACUUCUUCCGUGGGCUUUCUGAUCGCAGGCCUGAGCCCUCGCUCUGUAUCGUGAGUUAAUAACGCAACCUCUGACUUCGUAAGUUCGAGUUUAUUUUGUUUAAACAGGUGAGGAACUCAAGAGUCCAAGAGAGUAUCAUUUGCAUGAGUGACCUGGGGCAAUUAGUCUGCCAGUAGGGGGGCGAUGAUUGCUAUGUAUAAUCCCAAUUGGAAUUAUCCGUGUAAAAUUUCAUAGAAAGUUAGAACUCAGUUCAGUAAUUAGCCAGUAAUAUUCGAAUUUGGCAAAUUUGGACCCUGAUGCCGGCACACAAUAGCCUUGCGAAUGAUUUGAGAGGAACUUUUAGCGUCCACUGAUUAUCACCACCGCAGCGAUAAUCAGGGAGGCUGCUGGAUUUUAACCUUGAAUCUCUCCGCAACGAGCGUGUGAAUGCUGCUACCGCUGGGCCAAGCCACCACCGCGAAAUGUGAUGUGUAGCAGUGCUGCUUCUCUGGGUCUGUGCGGUGGUGAAGUUAUAAUUAUGAAUGCACAUGCCAACUCUGAAAUAUCGGCAAAAAGAAAAAUGCCCCCCAAAAAAAUGGAAAGGCCAAAUUUAAGGAAUGUUGGUUUGUUGCAGAGCCGAUUCGCCAACCAUUGGUGUCCCUAACCGGCAAGUCGACCAGUUAACGCCACUGGCAAUCCCACUGACCAUAGCCAUAACCAAAUAGCCAGUGAACCAUUGGUACCAGCCCUGCCCCUCACCCCACCACCAGCAUUCGCCAAGGCCCCGUCUGAAUUGUCAGUGUUGGGUGUUCGCAGAGCUAAACAGCCACCACCUCGUUGGUGGGCACAGGGUGCUGCAGACCUCCUAGAUGGCCGCAUCGGGAGUACGUCGUUUUUCACCGUGCACCCAGUCGGUUACCAUGUGGGGGGGGGGGGGGGGUCAGAGUUAAUUCUGCUGCCUUUGUAAUUCAUGCCCCCCAAGGCCCGACUCCAGCUCCUCUCAGAUCGUGGGGUGUGGGCGGCGGCGGCGGCGGCGGGGAUGGCAGCAGCAGCAGCAGCUCGGCUGUUGUCUGGGCCACCAUGUCAGUGAUAGUCCGCUCAGGAGGGUGAAUCUGGGUGGGCCACGGGGGCCUGUGGUGGUACAGGGCCCACUCCGGCACCCCCCUGCUACAGGGCCUAAUGCCCCCCCCCCCCCACUUCCCGCCCUUCUGUUGGGCUUCGUUGUUUCUGCUGGCGUUAGAGUAGUUCGUUUUGUGUACUGUUUGUGGUUAUUUUUGUUUCACCAAGGUGCUUUGCUUUGUGAUUUUUUGUUUCCGCUCAAGUAUGAAUCCUGUGUUUGAUUCUGAGCCACGGCUGACAUCAGUGGCGAGUGAUAUCUUCCACCCAUUCACCCCUCCACCCCAAACGCGUGGCGGGGGGAGUGUGUGUGUAAUAUCAUUGUAAUUAACAUUGUUUUCCACGAAACUGUCAAAAGACGUCUCUGUCUGGCGAGCGUAGAAGAGGCCGCCACAAUCCGUGACCCUGAACAGGGGGGGACUCCCUCUCGUGGAGGGAGAAAGACGUUGCAGGGCUGCGCCUAUGUUCCCCCCAUUCCCUCCUUUUCCGUGAAUACUGUUAAACGUAAACACGUCUUAAGCUUCUUUUGUGCAAAACGUAAACAAAUGGAAAUGCCCAUAUACACAAACCGUUCACUGAUUUUGCGUACUCGUAGUUUUAACGACUCCCCACAUCCUGUGCAUUUGUAGGGGUUUGUUUUUUGUUGUGCGCGCACGGUAUGUUCCGACGUGUUCAUGAUUCUCCUGGCCGCUAUGGUGUGUGCGUUUACAAACCUUACGAAGGUUUCUGUUCGUACGGCUGACCGGUAUUGCCAUCUCCGUGGUGGUUGGCCGCUACGAAUCUCGUAACGAUCUUUAUUCGAGUUUUGCAUGUGUGUGCACGUGUAUUAGCCCAUAAUGAUAUAUAUAGAGAGAAUAUAUAGAGCAAUUGAAUUGUUAUCAAAUAUACAGGGUGAUCCAUCUAUCGGAUACUCCCCGUUAACAUAAUGUGAUUUCAAAUCCUCUACGACGCCUCCCACCUCAACGUGUCGUCCAUCUCCACGUGUCUUCCACAUCAACGUGUCUUCCAUCUCCACGUGUAACCUACCUAAACGCGUCUCUCAUCUCCACGUGUCUGUCUCAGACCUCCACGUUCCUCACACCUCCACGUAUCUUCCACCUUCACGUAUCUUCCACCUCCGAUCUCACCUCUACGUGUCUCCCACCACGUGGCUGUCUCAGACCUCCACGUGUGUCCCACAUCAGCGUAUCACCCACCUCAUCAUGUCUCCUAACCUCCACCAACCUCGACACACUUAUUGAAUCAAUGAACAACACUUAUCUUGUUCACGUAGUCAAACAUCGUUUUUACAACAUUCAAUGGUCCGUUGAGAUGCACGCCAGAGGAUCAUUCGUAGAAAUCAUCGUGACAUCUAUAAACGAAAGAAAAAAUCACCCUGUAUAUAGCAAAAUAAUAACGAUGAUUGAAAACCAAUGGACGGCAAUACCAACUCACGCGUCGUUUGUGAUUGGAGGGGUGACAGAACUGGGAAUUUUCGGUUGUGCUGUGAUUGAGUUGCAGCAUCGCAGACGGCGCGCGCCUUUGCACGGUGCGAGUCGCGUGGAAGUAGUUUUCUUUUUUUACCCUCCAGCUUGUCAUGAAAAAUAAACAAUUGACAACAGCAAUUGCCCGGCAUGUUGGUGAAACUGUUACCGUAACCUUCGAUGAGCACGAUUAGGCUACGUGCGGUGCGAAAAAAGUUCAACAAAGAGUUGCAGUGUACACACACACAGCUUCCGCGCUCUGUAUAUGUUACGUUGUAAUAAAGUUUCACAAUGUGUGGCUGGGUUUCAAA